UCAAUAACUACUUUCCUGAAUAGCUAACCUAACUACAGGCGGAAACUUCAAUGCAGAAUCCAAAAUUUAAUCUCCAAAAUCUUCCUUACAACACAUAUUACCUAAAUUUCUCUCUUACCUUUAAAUUCUUCCCAUUUCUCUAAUGUCUUGUUCUUCAUCUUCACCUGUAUAUUUUCCUCUCCCUAAACCCCUCAACAAAUGCAACCCAAUUUCUCCAUUUUUUUCAUCAAAACAAGCAAAUACAGUUCAACCCAUUAGAUGCGAAUCACUUGAACUAAAACCCAAAUCGUCACCCACAAAUGGGUCGCCCUAUCCGGGCCCGUACACGGGUCGAGAUCCGUCAGUGAAAAAACCCGGUUGGUUGAGACAAAAAGCACCACAAGGGGAGAAAUAUGAAGAGGUUAAGGAAACGUUAUCUGGGCUUAAAUUAAAUACGGUUUGUGAAGAAGCUCAGUGUCCGAAUAUCGGAGAGUGUUGGAAUGGUGGUGGUGAUGGUAUUGCUACGGCGACGAUUAUGUUAUUGGGUGAUACAUGUACACGUGGGUGUAGAUUUUGUGCGGUUAAGACUAGUAGAAAUCCAGCUCCACCUGAUCCUAUGGAACCUCUUAAUACUGCUAAAGCUAUUGCCAGUUGGGGUGUGGAUUACAUUGUAUUAACUAGUGUUGAUCGUGACGAUAUACCUGAUGGAGGGAGUGGCCACUUUGCUGAAACAGUCAAAGCCAUGAAGUUGCUCAAGCCUGAUAUCAUGGUCGAGUGUUUAACUUCUGAUUUCCGUGGUGAUCUAAAUGCCGUGUCUACUCUAGUUCACUCUGGAUUAGACGUUUUUGCACACAACAUCGAAACUGUGAAACGACUUCAGCGGAUUGUUAGAGAUCCUAGGGCAGGGUAUGAACAAAGUUUAUCUGUGCUUAAACAUGCAAAACUCGCUAAGAAAGGGAUGAUAACAAAAACUUCUAUAAUGUUGGGACUUGGUGAAACUGAUGAUGAGCUGAAGGAAGCCAUGGCUGAUCUAAGGGCCAUAGAUGUUGAUAUUUUAACACUUGGUCAGUAUUUACAGCCAACCCCAUUACAUCUUACUGUCAAAGAAUAUGUUACCCCUGAAAAGUUUGCUUUUUGGAAGGACUAUGGCGAGUCUAUUGGCUUCCGUUAUGUUGCCAGUGGUCCCUUGGUUCGAUCUUCCUACCGAGCAGGAGAACUGUUUGUUAAGACUAUGGUAAAAGAAAGUGCCAGAAAUGCACAAACUGUGUCGCAAUAAUUUGUUGUAUCUUCUCAUACACACAUAGAAGAAGCUGAAAUCAAAUUUUUUGAGAGAUUGAUGAUUAUGACAAGAACUCUGAGCUUUGAUCAAUGGAUGAAUAUGACAGAGUUAAAAGGCCAAUAUUUGUUUUUUGAUUGUUGUACUUUUACUUUUUUCAAGUCUGUUUAGUUGAUUCUGUAUACAAACUAGAAGGGAAUUAGAUGGUUAAAUCAAUUUCUUUGAUGCUGGUAAAUGUUUAUAAAUCUCUUGAUGAA